AUGGCCAUUGAAAGUCAGUUCGGUCAUUUAGACGGCAUCCAGGAUAACUUCCUCUACCUCAACGACGAUUGCUUCUUCAUCAAUAAAUUCAAUCUGGGAGACUUCUCCAGUGAGCUAUUUGGGCCGGUCUUCCGGAUCCAGUUCGAUCUCAAAGUCCAGGACGAUCCGGAAGACCAUUCGGGGACAGUGGCUGCGCAAGGAGAGUGGCCUUCGCUAGGAUACAGUAAUCAUCUCUUGAGUCUGCGGUUCGGCAGACGCGAGCGGAGGUACUUGAGCCAUCUUCCUAAGGUCAUCAACUUCCAAAUCCUGCGUGAAGUCUCGGAGAUCUGGAGCGAAGAGAUCUUCCUCACGGCGUCGUCGAGAGUUCGUGGACAGGGCCAAGAGCUCAACAUGAUGUUCCUUGCCACCUGGUACCACAUCGAGAAACAUAGAGAGGCAAUGUUACAUUCAUUUAUCAUGCUCCAGACGGACAGCAACAGAGACGGCCAGAUCGAUGCGAAAGAGAGGGCGAAGAUGAUGACGCGGCUGGGGGCCGGGCAGGGGUCCACGAUCGAUGUGCGGAGGCCGUUCCGGCCGCGCGGCGGGGCAGUGGAGGACGGGCUGGGCACGGCGCGGCCGGCGGAGACGGACUACGAGUGGCUGUCGAGCGACGGCUACCCGUUUGCGGGCGAGGCGGGGAAGGUGGCGGACUACCGGCACGUCGGGCCGGCGACGGGGCGGGGGGUGUGUCAGCUGAACCUGACGGCCUGUUUCCCGGCGCCGCCGACGGCUGGGACGGAGCGGGCGGAGAGCGUGCUGCGGCGGGUGGCCAGCGAGCAGCCCGGGUGCGGCGACUGUCUGCUCGCCCUCCUCGUCGGCAAACGGCCCGCCGGCAUCGACGCCCUCCUCCCGCCCGCCUCCCUCCGCACCCGCCUCGCCGAACUCGCCCGCCCCGCUGCGCUCGUCUCCACGCCCUUCUCCAGCGCCCAUAAACGCGCCCCAAACACCGCCUUCUACUCCUCCCCCUUCCCCCGCCUCUCGCGCUUCUCCAGACGCGGCUUCCUCGCCGACGACCCGCGCAUCUGGGCGAUCCGGAACAUCCAGCGCUACCAAUACGUCCUGGGCCACUCGCCGAAUACGUUCGACGCCUUGACGACCAUCUCGUCGAGUCGAAUGGUGCUCGACCGUCUGUCCGAGCAGUUUGACGUCAAGCCUGCGACCAAUUCCUCUUCCGCGGGCAGCUCGCCCUCGUCGUCCUCGGGAGGAGCGAGGGGCGCCAGGGCAAGUGCCGCCCAUCGAGCCAUGCUGGUCACCAUCAACGAUCGCAUCUUCGGCCCCCACCUCGACCGCGUCCAUCACCUCUUCACCACCUGGCUCAAUACCUCGUGGCCUACUCCCGCCCCCUGGGAAAAAAAUUAA